CCCUGGCUCCCAACUGGUUAUCAUCUGGACGCGAAACAAAAGUCGAGCACCUGAUAAGGAAAUCUGAAGCGCGCACUAUGAGAACUCGCCACAACAAAAACAAUAAAGUCGGCAUUAGCAAUAACAAUAACAGUAGCGGGGGCAUUAUAAGCGAAAUGGAUAAGUCGAUCCGCCGCCGACAGCUUCGAGUAACGACGUCCAACAAUCAGUGAUCGACGAGGCGAGCGCUGCGAAACAUGUCAGCGCCUUCAGAGCAGAUAGCCGGAGAGGCAGAAUCUGCCGACGCCGAGCUGGUGGACACUAGUCCUGGGGAUUCACCAGCCACAUCCCCGAUCCGAUCCGAAGCCGUUUUUAUUGCCGCCUUGGACGUUGGCACCACCUGCGUGCGGUGCUUUGUCUUGGACGAGAGAUGUGCCGUCAGGGGAUCGGCAGUGGAUGCCGUGAAGCUGUUGAACCCGCAGCCGGGCUUUUUUGAGAUCGAUCCAGAGGUCCUAUGGCGAAAAAUUGUAAACGUUAUAAACCAGGCAGUACAGAAUGCCAAACUGAAGCCUACGGACAUCAGCUGCCUGACGAUAUCGACGCAGCGCUGCACUUUCCUGACAUGGGACCAUCUGAGUGGCGAGUACUACCACAACUUUAUCACCUGGAAGGAUCUGCGUGCCGAUGAGCUUGUGGAGCAGUGGAACACCAGCUGGACCAGGCGCACCAUGAAUGGGUUUUCCUAUGCCCUGUUUCUGCUCACCCGACAGUCGCGAUUCCUUGCCGGGAGCGUGCUGAAGCUAAUGAAUGGCCAAGUGACGCCAAGACUGCUCUACGAGAUUUUGAAUAAUAAGCGACUACGCCAUGCCCUUAGCCAGAAGAAGGCUAGGGUGGAGUUGCUCGACUCGUGGAUCCUAUACAAACUGAGGUCGGGCAAUGGAAAAGACACCGAUGUAGAGCACAUAACUGAUGUUACCUCCAGCACGGCCACGGGGCUAUAUGAUCCUUUCACACUCAGCUGGUCACCGCUGAUAAGUUGGCUUUUUGGCCUAGAUACUAAAAUACUGCCACGCGUUGUAGACAACGGCUAUAAGGGCUAUGGACAUGUACAUCCAUCGGCAUUGGGUCCGGAAUGGACCACAACACGAGUCCCAAUAGCAGCCUCGCUCAGUGACCAAACAGCCGCCAUGUGGGGAUCCCAGUGUUUCGCGAAGAACGAUGUCAAAGUCACCAUGGGCACAGGAGCCUUUCUAAAUUUGGUCACUGGCUCCCAGUGCCAUGCCGCCAUUACGGGGAUGUAUCCCCUGGUGGCCUGGCAGAUGCAGAAGAAAGCCAUCUACUGCAUUGAGGGAGCGUCUCAUGAUUUUGGGACCGUGGUCACCUGGGCGCAGUCCUGCGAGCUCUUUGCAGACCCAAAGGACACGGCCGCCAUGGCAGAAUCCGUUGCGGACACAAAUGGAGUAUUCUUUAUGCCCGCUUUUAGUGGACUGGGACCCCCGGUGAACGAUUAUCGAUCGGCUACUGGGUUCAUUGGACUCACGCCAUCCACGACAAAAGCACAUAUGGUAAGGGCUCUGCUGGAAAGCAUUGUCUUUCGUCUGGUUCAAUUGAUUGAGGCGGCCGAGCAGGAAACCUCCCAGAAGCUGGAAAUCAUAAGGGUUGAUGGUGGCGUUUCGCGGAAUGACUUUGUCUGCCAGUUUCUGGCCGAUCUCAGCCAGCUUCAGGUGGAGAGGGCCGAGAACUCCGAGAGCAGUAUAAUGGGAGCAGCUUUCAUGGCUGGCAUUAACCAUGGCAUUUGGGACAGUGUCGAGGAUCUGAAGUGUUUCCGGCAGGUAGAGCGGGUUUUCAAUCCGCGGAGAAAAGUCUACGACACAAUAGUAUCCCGUAUGGAUAAAUGGAGUCGAGCAAUCGAACGCUUCAGCGACUGGUACUAAAUUACUGUACGGUUUUUUGUAUUUUCGUUACGCACUAAAGUCAUUAAAUACUUAGAAGGCUAGGAGUAGUAAA